AUGUGCGAUGAUGCCGAAUUAGAAGAAGGGCACGUAGAGGUGCUUAAUGUUAAAGGAAUUAUAGGAUUCGAUGGUAGCACGUUAAACGGACUUCUUGUUCAUCCAAAUGGAAAGCACGUGGUUUAUCCUCUUGGGAAUAAGGUAGUAAUACAGAACUGGACGACAAAGGAACAGAAUUUUUUGACUGGACAUACAAAUAUUAUUUCUUCCGUGGCUGCUUCCGUCUCUGGGAAGUAUCUGGCAAGUGGACAGAUUAAUCAUAUUGGAUUCAAAGCCAGAGUGAUAAUUUGGGACUUCGAAAAACAGGAAUUACUAGCCCAGCACGAGCAUCACAAGGUUAGAGUCGAAGCUGUGGCUUUCUCCAAAGACGAACACUAUGUAAUAAGUCUGGGAGGGCGAGAUUGUGGCACUGCAGUGGUUUGGGACAUGCAUAAGGGCCAGGUACUAUGCGGCUCUCAAGUAUCUCGAGGAGUCCAGGGAGAUCCCACUUGUAUUCAAACAAUGACUAGGAGGGGCGCUUGCUUCUUGACUGCGGGCGACAACCACCUAGCCUUGUGGAAGAUCAACCAGGAGGCGAGGAAUUUGAAAUCAUUCGACGUCUCUAUGCCCAAAUUAAAGAGGAAUGUGGUGUGUUUGGAUAUCAAUGAGAGAGAUGAGUUCUGCUAUUGCGGUACUACUACUGGAGACGUUCUUAAAGUGAGGUUAUAUUACCAUCACGACGCCGAAAUGCUGGAUCCUGUUAAGCAGCCUGCCGUGGUGGGCUGUCUCGCACGGAUAACCAAAAAGAAGCUUCCGCGAGGCUGCGUCGACCUGUACCGAGGAGGAAUACGAUCUAUAAGACUUCUAUUCAAUGGGAACCUCAUAAUAGGAGCGGGCGACGGUACUCUGGAGGUGGUGGAAGAAGCGGCUGUACGGCCACCAAUUGAGACGAACAUUAAAAUGCCGUCCGUGCCUGCGCUUAGAGUCCUCAAAUCUACGAACGUCAAUUCGUCGAUAACCUCCAUCCAGCUCAUGGAACAGGAGACCAAGAUCUUGGCCGCCACCACCAACUCGGAGAUAUACGUGAUCAGGAUGGACGAUUUCAGAGGUGAACUGGUUGUGACUUGUCACACUUCAGCCAUCUAUGACGUCGCAUUUCCUCAGAACUUCUCCGAAGUGUUCGCCACGGCCGGCAAGCACGACGUGCGCGUCUGGUCCAUGAGCACAAUGCAGGAACUCCUCCGCAUCCGCGUGCCCAACUUCAGCUGCUCCAGCGUGGUGUUCUCCCACAACGGCAAGUCGAUCCUCACCGCGUGGAACGACGGCGUGAUCCGUUCCUUCACGCCGCUCACCGGCCGCCUUAUCUACGCCAUAUACAGCGCCCACAACAAGGGCGUCUCGGCGCUGACCACCACCUCCCACGGCCGCAAUCUCGUCAGCGGCGGCUGCGAGGGCCAGGUCAGGCUGUGGGAGGUGUCGCCCUACCGCCAGCAGCUGAUCUGCACGCUGAAGGAGCACAAGGGCCCGGUUUCCGCCAUCGACAUCAACAAGUUCGACAACGAGGCGGCCAGCGCCAGCACGGACGGCACCUGCAUCAUCUGGGACCUGGAGAAGCAGUGCCGGAGGCAGAUACUGUUCGCCAACACGCUGUUCAUGUGCGUGAGGUACUAUCCCAGCGGGGUGCAAAUACUUACAGGUGGUUCCGACAGGAAAGUUGUGUAUUGGGAAGUUCUCGACGGCAAUCUGGUGAGGGAGCUGGAAGGGUCGCCCUCGGCCACUGUUAACACCCUCGACAUUUGCCCGGAUGGAGAGAAAUUCGUGAGCGGAGGCAAUGACCAAUUGGUCAAGUUGUGGAGGUAUCAAGAAGGCAUAACGACGCACAUUGGGAUCGGUCACGCGGCCGUAAUAACCUGCACCCGUUUUAGCGCCAACGGCAAGUUCAUCGUGACCUGCGACGCUUCCGGAGGCGUCUUCGUGUGGGAGUGCCCACAGGAGCCGGCAAAGGAGGUUAAGGAAACGGAGAGAGCCGCGGAAGUUCCUCCCCCAAAGUCGAAUCCCAACAAAGAGGAAGACGUUCACGAUCUGCCGUCGUACAGGAGCAACAAGAGCGGCGGCGAUGCCAAGAGCGGCAAAGCAGACGAUUGGUGCAAGUGUUCCGUCAGAUCUUCUAGGACGUCUUGCAGUGAGAGGGGCGGCGGGGACGACGCGAAGGGGAGUUCGAAAUGUAGCAGCCAGGGGUCGGUAAAGUCCAAGACUUCGGUCGCGUGCAAGGAAGAACCGAAGGGGCAGACGAAGGCGAACGGUGACGAUCAGAAAUCGACUAAAUCCAAGAGCUUGAGUAGCUGCGAUCAGGAGUCGGUGAAAUCUAAGAGUGAGGUGGGAGAAGCGAAGACGAAUACGUUGGCAUCCACCAAAACACUGAAAAGCUUGCGGAUGUCGAAAGGUUCCGGAAAUUAA